AUGGAAGUAUUCACUUUACCAAUAUUUUUGAAAUUGAACAAAUUAAAAUCCUGUCAAGUGGAGGAAAUGGAAGCUCCAUUGGAGGAACCACAACCAUAGCCUACUUGUGAAGAAUGCAAAAAGGUUUUUACCAACAAUUCUAAACUAUAAAGACACAUACGAGAGACACACUAGAACCUGAAGCAAUUUAGAUGUGAUCAAUGUGGGAAGGAGUUUAAGCGUUCUUAGCAUCUGAAACGACAUCAAUUAACUCAUAGUGGGAAUAGGCCAUUUGAAUGUGAAAGUUGUCCCUAGAAGUUUACUUGCAAGCAUCAUUUGAAAAGACAUAUGCAAUUAAUUCAUGAGAUGAUCUCAUAUGAAUGUCAGGAGUGUGAAUAAAAGUUUACGAAGAAACGACAAUUAAAGAAGCAUUAGCUAGAUCACCAUAAAAAGCAAUAGCAACAAAAGGAGUUGUUUUAGUGUUUGAAAUGCAGCAGAGUAUUUUAGAGGUUGAGGUCUUUGAGGAAACAUAACUUAAUCAGACAUAAACAUAUCAGAGCUUUUGCUUGUGAAACGUGUAAUAAGCGAUUUGCUCACAAGCAUACCUUAAAGAUACAUAGAUAAAGAAGUCACAAUGAAAAUUGA